AAUGAGUGCUAAGAGCAGUGGAGUCCAAGCCUUUGUCCGCAUCAGACCAACAUCUAAUUUUGCUCAGGAUACAAUUGAGCUGAUGCCUGAUAAUAAGACCAUAAAUGUUCACAUCAAGAAAGAUGCCCGUAAAGGAGUAGUCAAUAAUCAGCAAUCUGACUGGUCAUUUAAAAUGGAUGGAAUUCUUCAAAGUGCAUCACAAGAUUCAAUUUAUGAUGCAGUCGCAAGGCAGGUGGUAUCACGAGCAUUAGAUGGAUACAGUGGUACCAUUUUAUGUUAUGGCCAGACUGGAGCUGGGAAAACAUACACCAUGACCGGAGCUACUGAAAAUUACACUCAUCGUGGGAUCAUCCCCAGAGCUCUGCAACAGAUUUUCCGAGGUAUAGAAGAGCGGCCUGACCAAGCCAUCAGCAUCUACAUUUCCUAUUUUGAAAUCUAUAAUGAGAGCCUAUUUGACCUCCUUACUGCUACACCUGACACAAGUAGCUUAGGUAUUCAAAUGACUAUUGUGGAUGAUGCUCAGGGUGUUCAUAUCAAGGGUCUGUCUAUGUAUGUGGCAAAUAAUGAAGAGGAAGCCUUGAACCUACUUUUUGAGGGUGAAACAAACAGAAUGAUUGCUUCACAUGCAAUGAACAAAAACUCCUCUAGGUCUCAUUGUAUUUUCACUAUAUAUGUUCAGUCUCAUUCUAGGACACUAUCAGAUGCCAAAUACGUCACUUCAAAAUUAAAUUUGGUGGAUCUAGCUGGUUCAGAACGCCUAGGAAAAACUGGAUCUGAAGGACAAGUAUUGAAGGAGGCAACAUACAUCAAUAAAUCCCUUUCAUUUCUUGAGCAAGCUGUCAUUGCACUGUCAGAUCGCAAGAGAGAACACGUCCCCUUCCGACAGAGUAAACUGACACAUGCACUCAAGGACUCUAUUGGAGGACGAUGUCUGACUGUUCUUGUAGCUAAUAUUUAUGGAGAAGCUAUGCAGAUUGAAGAAACUCUGUCCACACUCCGGUUUGCCACCAGGAUGAAAUGCAUUGCUGCAGAGCCAGCUGUAGAGGAGCAUUAUGAUCCAGAGAGGCUGGUGAAAAACCUUGAACAGGAGAUCAAGAUUUUGAAGCAGGAACUAGCUAUGCACAAUAUUUUGACAAACCGCAAUCAGGUGAAUUAUGAGCCACUGAGUGAAAAUCAGAUCACAGAAAUUAAUAGGCAGGUUCGUAGAUACUUGGAAGGGAGCCUCACAGACAUUGAGGUUGUCAGUAUCCGUCAGCUCCAAGAGGUUUUUAAUCAAUUCAAACAAAUUUUAAACCGGCAGGAGCAAGAGAUAGAAAGUCGAUUGAGACAAAGGUACACCCUGAUUGACAGAACAGACAGUGCAGCAGUUGCUGCAGCCCAUAAGGCAGGACUUAUAGAUAUCGAAAGUCAGCUUGUUGGAGAAAUAGAUGGGCAUGGCUUUGGAAUUGGAACCGCUCCUUUAUCAUCCAAGCCUAAUAGUUCAUCUGUCCUGUCUGUAAAGAAGGCAAAGUUUAAGAAAACUAAAGAACAAACCAGUCCUAUCCCCAGAAAAGAUGGGGUUGGUACACCCACUGCCUCCUACAAGGAACAUGAGUCACCUUCAAACUUGAAAACAAUUCAAUUGGUUUCCUCAGUGAAGGAUAUGGAUUCAAAGGAAAUACUGCAGAGAGAGGAGUUAACCAGUGUCAACUCCCAACAUGCAGAAUCAGUAGUCAGGGAGGAAGUGAGCCAGCCCAGUUCACCUCCACCCAAGGCAUCAGCUUUUGAGGAGUUUAAAAUGGAUCCAGGAAGUGAAAUUAACAUGAUUUUCAAUGAAAACAAAGCAAUCUUGGCUGAGAAAAGAAAGGAAAUGAAGCAAUUAUCACAAAGAAUUAAUAGUGUUAAACAAGAGAUUGAUAUUAUCAGACAAGCUCUUGGAGAGAAGAAGCAAGAGCGUGAGAAGCAAGGACAAUAUCUAAAUGAAGAUGGUCAGCUUGUAAUUGAUGAAGAUGAGUACCUUCUAAUCAUUAAACUGAAGGAGUUGAAAGCUUGUUAUCACUCUGACUAUGAGGAGAUACGAAAUCUUAAGGCAGAAGUACAGUACUGUCAACAUCUAGUAGACCAGUGCCGGCAAAGGUUACUUUCAGAGUUUGAAAUCUGGUAUAAUGAGUCGUUCAUUAUCCCAGAAGAGGUACAGAAUUCUCUGCGAGCCACAGGAAGCAUCAGACCUGGAAUGCUACCUCUGGAAAGGAUUAAAAGUCUGGAGGAAGAUGAUCAAGAAAGGCUAGAUCGGCUGCAGCAAGAACUGUUAAUGGAGAACCCAGAUGCUGUCGCCUUCUACAAUGCAAAAAUGAAAGCAGAUCAAAGGAAUAGUUAUAAGAAGGCAAUGUUACAAAUUCAAACUCUGAGAAGAAAGCCAGGAGAGGUAAUUCCAACAGUGAAAAAUAAGCCACCAUCUGUUCUCAGUGUGGCUUAGAAGGAGAUGGAAAUGACAGCCAACAUAUUCCGAGUCACAGAUCAUUGUAAAAUAAAGACCAAAAUGAAAAGGCUACUGUCUAUGUGCAGUUAUAGUGUACUGACUUUGUACAAAAAUUAUUGUACUCAUGACUUCCACAAUAUUUUAUUGUGGUGUUAUGACUUUGAAGAAUUCAUAAACAUACUAUUAAAUAUGCAUUUGCUCAAAUGUUGUUUUGAUAACUGUAUUAAAUAUUCUUUGGGUCAUGAAUGGAUUGACAAGCCCCAAUAUAUAAUAAACUGAACCCUUUUUAGACAUUA